AUGGACCAAGCCGACGAGAGACUGUGCGAGGAAGUGAGGAGGUACCCUCAUCUGUACGAUUCGUCCUCGGUUCACUACAAGGACUGCCAGAUGGCCGUGAAUUCGUGGAGAGAAAUCUCCACGAACACCGGGAUGGAAAUCCAAGAUUGCACAAAGCGGUGGAAGAACAGUCGCGACAAGUUUGUCCGCCUCCGCAGGAAAAUGUCUGCAAAGAGUGGCGAUCCAGGGGGAAAGAAGGUUCCAGCCCUGUAUAUCUUUUUGUCCUGGCUCUCACCUCACAUCAAGCAUCGUGAGACAGAGUCUAACUACGAUGAGAAGAUAGAAGCUAGAUCCACUGCUGGAUGCAGUGCCCAGCUGGAGCUUGCAGACACCUGGGGCUCCACCAGUGAACUCUCCCCAUUGUAUUCAGACUGUCCGUCACCUGUGCCCUCUCCAUCUCCUGUCCUGCACCGGCCAACACCUGUGCCCUCUCCGUCGCCUGUCCUGCACCGGCCAACACCUGCACCCUCUCCAUCGCCUGUCCUGCACCGGCCAACACCUGCACCCUCUCCAUCGCCUGUCCUGCACCGGCCAACACCUGCGCCCUCUCCGUUGCCUGCUGCCCUUCCCUCCCAGUCAUCCCCACUGCCCAAUCUGCAAUCUCCUCUAGCCUCUAGAGGAAAGAGGAAGAGAAAGGAGCAGGAUGAGGCUGUGCAAGUGCGGCUGGAGCAACUGGAGGAGCGUAGACUCCAGUUGCAGCAGACACUAUUGAUGGGGACUGAUGAAUAUGUGCGGUUUGGACAGACUGUGGCAGACCUCAUUAGGAGGCUGCCAGAAGACCAGAGAGGAGCUGCGAUGUUUGAGACGCACAGACUGUUGUUCCAGUGGCAGGAGAACAUGGACAGUGUGCAUUUGCAGCUACUUUGAGGAUGUUGAAGUACUUGUAUUAAGUUAAAAACUUGCACUAAAGUGUUCAUUUGAGUGUGUUUUUUUGUAUUCUAAACUUAUUGUUCUUUAAACCACCACCAGGACAAGUCCUGUGUUUGCACAUCUUAUUUUUUAUUGCCUUAUUUUUUCAUAUGUGCAGUU